GUUAGCUAUGCCAGUGUUGGCAGGUAGGAGGACAUGUAUGUUAGCAAAGUUAGCUGCGCAGCUUAUCUGAGUCGUUUUUGGUUUCAUUUUUCUCAUUAAUGACAGCGUACUUAAUCUUUUAGUUAACAUGUCAGGUUAAACAACGUAGACAUCAUAGCGCUGUUAGCUCGACCCGUAAAGCGUGUUUGGUACACCUUUCCUUCUCCUCUCACUGUACCUGCACAGAUGUUACUCCUGGUCUGUGUCAGGCUGUGAUUCACUCAGAGGCUCGUUGUAAUCUCGCCUCUUGUCGAUGUUUUCGUGGACUCAAAGUUUCUCUUCCUCAGUGAGGAGGUCUCCAUCACUCUGUUUGCAUCAGAUCAUGUUCCUCCUGCUGGGCUGAGGUGAAUCUUUCUCUCUCUCCUCCUUUAACCGCCUCCUAUGUUCCCUUUGCAGUAAAGAUCAGAGUCGUGCUCCUCCGUCUGUUGCUCAGGGCCUCCACUGGCUCCUGUUUUCUUAGGAGAGGCUUUGUUUGAAGCUUUUUCUACCUCAUUGUGUCUCAGCAGAAAUAAGACUUGCCACCACAGAAGAAAAGGAGCUCCUGCUCUCUUUGACCACAUUAAGUUCCUGUCAUCUUUGAAGACCUUUCCAGCGCCUGUUUCCUUCUUUAUCUUGGCUCUCUGUGCUGAAUCCAGAGAGCGGGACAGACUUUUUGAUAUCAUGUCUCAGAAGACGCAGGCUGACGGUGCUCAGAAACACUUCGCUGUGGGUCGGGGGCUCCUGGCCGCUGCAGAAACCUUGAACUUCAACAUGAACGAGCAGCGUCCCAACAGACCAAUGGGUGUGGGNGUGGGCAUGGGUAUGGGCAUGGAGGGCCAGGACGGCAGCGGGCAGAUGCCCCGACGUGGCAGCGGCGGUGGCGGCAGCACCAGCAAUCUUGGCAGCACCAUGAAGCUGUUUGCCAGUUUGGGGCUGUCGCCCUCUGACCUGGACGCUCUGGCUGAAAUCCCUGAGGAGGAGAUCAGUGUGGAGACACUGCCACACAUCCUCAGACAGCUGAAGAGUCGCAAGGGGGAAGCAGGAGAGCGGCGGGCGGCCAUGUCCUCUGAUGCUGCGUAUCGAGGAGGAAGCUGGGAAGAGGGGCACGUGGGGAGGAUGGGCGGUUCUUCUCUGGGACAAGGUUCAGCCAAGUCCUCCACAGACUUUGGGUACAGCUCCCUGCAGGACGUCUCCUCCGGCCGGGGCUACGGCUUAAAUUACAGCGGUGGAGGUGGGAGCAGAGAGAGGCCAUACUCUGAGCUUUCCCACCGCAGUGGGCUCGGCAUGGGCCCGUCUGAGCCCGUCUUUAUGCAGAGGAGGAUGGGCUCCCCGUCAAACGGAAAAGUCCAAGACUUCUUGGGAGUCAUGCCCCCCAUGUUCCCCCACGUGUGCUCUCUUUGUGACUUUGACGUUCAUUCCACCAUGGAGUGGAAUCAACACAUUAAUGGACUCCGCCAUGCUGAAAACAGACGGCAGCUUCUUGACAUGUAUCCUGAGUGGGAUCCCGGUAUGGGCUCAGGCAGAGGUGGAGGUCUCUCAGAGACCCCCAACCUGUCUGCAGGGCUGCUGGGUCCCGCCCCCAUGUCUUCAGGACCAAUGGGAGGGAUGUCCUCGAGCUGGGGUGGAGGUGGAGGUCCUGGACAGCUGGGUCUGAAUAAGCUGAGGAGCAGGGUGGUGGUGGUGAAAUACGACAGGAAGCCUCUCAGCAACAAGACCCUGUUCGCCUUCGCUGAGCGCUUCGGCUGCCUGAGGGAGCACCUCAUCCUCAAGAACAAGGCUUUUCUGGAGAUGAGCACUCAUGAAGAAGCUCUGGAUGUGGUGAACUACUACAAACAGCACCCGGCAUCUCUGUACGGCAAAUCCAUCUCCUUCUACCUGUCCCAGACCCUCAUGUUCAUCGAGAAAGACGAGCGAUCGAUGGACCGACCGAUGGAUCGACUGAUGGACAGACCUGUGAGGGAGGUCAAAGGUCAAGCCAGCAAGGUAGUUUUUUUCUCCAACCUGCCCCGCGAGGAUGAGAAGAAGAAGGAGCUGCUGACCAUUGCUGAGCGCUUUGGUGUUGUGGAGAAACACCUCUUCUUAACAGACCAGGCAUUUAUCCAGCUGGGAACUGCAGAGGAUGCAGAGAUGCUGGUGAAGUAUUACACUGUGAACCCCCUCACCAUCCGAGGAAGACGGAUCCGCCUCAAUGUCUGCACCAAGUACAAAACCCUCAAUGUGAACGCAAGGAAGGGCGGAGGAGACGCUUCGAACAGGAAGAGUGGCAAAGCCAACUCCACCUCCUCCGGCACUGGAACCAGGACCUCCUCCAAAACCACCUUAUCCAAAUCAUCCACCUCCAGGUCCAAAGAAGACAAGAAGAGGGAGGAGAAGGAGGAGGAGAAGAAGGAGGAGGAAGAGAAAGAGGAGAAGAAAGUGAAGGCAGAGCCAGAGGAGGAGGAGGAGGAGGAGGAGAAGGAAGUCUCAGGUGUGAUGGAAGGAGGGGAGGAUGGGGAGGGGGAGGAGCAGGCAGCAACUGAUGGAGAGGGGGAGGAGUCAGAGGGAGCAGAGUCUGUGAAUUUGACGGUAGAGGAGUCUGAGGAUGCUCGACAGGAGGAGGAGGAGGAGGAGGAGAAGAAAGAGGAGGAGGAGAAGGUUACUGAUGAUGUCACUGAUGACACACCUGGAGACACGAGUGAGGUCAAGCAGGAGGCGGAGUCAGAGCCACAAACGGAAGCGGCAGAAACAGAAACUUCGGCCGAGGAGCACGAGAGCAAAGAGGAGGCGAACAUGGAGGCGGCAGAGAGCUCAGAGGCGCCGGAGGCAGCGGAGGGAGAUCUACCCGAAGAAGAGCAGGACUUCCCAGAGAACAUGGAGGACUUUGUGACGCUGGACGAGCUGGAGGAAGACAACGACGAAGCCCAUGGAGAGUCGGACAAUAUCGACAACACGAGGCGAGGGGGUAUGAGGGUGGUGAACAUCGUCGGCUUCAGGCGAGGGUACCAGUACCUCAACGAGCUGCUGAAACUUGCCCAGCCUUUCGGAAAGGUGGUCAAACACCUGGUGCUGGACCUGAGACCCGAGGCAUUCCUUCAGUUCGCCACAGAAGAAGAAGCACGGGCGAUGGCCAACUUCUACAACGGGAACAUCACGGCGUCGGUGUGCGGGCGGCCGGUGAGGAUCAGUCACUCCAUGAGCUACCCCACCAUCCAGUCCGGUUCCAGCAAGGUGGUGUACAUCGGUCAGCUCCCCAACAGCAAAUACACAGACGAGGAAAUCCUGAAGUUCGCCGAGCCAUUUGGCAAGGUCAAAAAGUACUUCCUGAACAGGAUCCGGAGAGAGUGUUUCCUCGAGAUGUACAAUGCCGAGGAUGCCGAGAAGAUGGCUGCCGAUUAUAAAGCGAAGUCGCCAAAGUUAAACGGGAAGCGCCUGACCAUCUACGUGAGCAGGAAGUACAAGCAACUGAAACACGGCCAUCGAACGCCGAACACCGUGAAGAGAGCGAGUGACGACUCGCCACAAAAGUUCUCGAAAGAUGCCGAGGAACCACCGGCCAAGAAACCUAAAGAGGAGGCCCAACCAGAGGUGGAGGAGGAGAAAAAGGAGGAUGUGGAGGAGAAGCAGCAGGAGGAGGAAAUGGAGACCCCUGAUGUGAGCGAAGAGACAGCGGUGGAAGAAAAGUCGGCCGCGGAGAAAGUUCCUGAAGUUUCUGCUGAGAGGAGCAGCGAGGACGAGAAACAGGAGGAGCUGGUGGAGCAGAUGGAGACAUCGACCAAUCAGAGCGGGGAGACCGAGGCUGCUCCUCCUGCUGAGAACAAACCCAGUGUGGCGUCUAUGCCGCUUCCACCAUACGACCCCAACACGCCCAUUGGUGUCGAACAUGUGAAAGCAGGUUUUUACUGCCGCAUCUGUUUCCUGUUUUACUCCAACGAAGACACAGCGAAGAAGACGCACUGCAGCAGCCAGGCGCACUACGACAAGCUCCAGAAAUACCUGGAGAAGGAGCAAAGCAAAGCGGAGAAGAAGGUGAAGACGACAACGCCGUGAGAACAUCUGAAACUGAGGAAGAAGUGUGGAUGGACUUUUUUAAAAAUCUUUGUUUCUAUAGCAACGUUUGAAGCACACAUCGGAGCGACUUUCUGCUGCCGCUCUGUGGCAUUGAACCCCGAAGGACUCGCUGUUUGUAGCCACGCCUCCUUUUUUUUUGCUUCAUUUCUGCAGGUAUUGAUUAGCUCUUUUAUUAGUUCUUCUUUUGUCUAAAUGGUCAGGAAAAGGAAUACUGUGUUUAAGAUCCCAAUUUUAAAACUAAACAAAAAACUGAUACCGUACAGGUGUUUACACAGCUGUCACUUUCUUUAUUCAUCUAAAAACAUCGGAUCAACAGAAUCAUCAGGCAACCCCAACUCCCCCUCUGCUCAGAUCUUUCCCAUGAUUAAGCUACAGCGUCCUGAAGAUGGACUCUCCUUACACAUGUCACCUGAGUUCACGCAGGUCACAUAAAAAUGUGAUUUUACUCCAGAUUACCUCCAUGAUCUUAAAAUAAUCUGGUUAUUUUCAAAAUAAAAGACCCAGUGUUUUGUGCUGUCACCAUUGGUCUCGUGCCAUUUAGUCACAGCUCGAUUUUCAUCUCUUUACCGCAGUCUCACCGCUACAUCAGUGUUACGUUUGUAAACAAUGAAGCGACAGAUCAAUGGCUGUGAUCGUGAACUAGUCUUUGAACAAAUCUAUGACGGCGUCACGACUUCCUGGGUUGACAUGUUGAACUGUAAGUCUCACUUUUGAGUUUUCUGUUGAUGUUUUAGAAAAAUAAAAUAAUAAAACCA